AUGGCUUCACCGAGGGUGGUUGACAUCGCGAUUGACACGGCCUCUUAUGUCCGGUCGCAUCUUUGGUUGACCUUGGCCGUCUGUGUCUUACUUUAUUUCGUUUCUCAAAGGUAUAAGACUGGUCUUCGACACAUACCAGGACCCUUUGUCGCGAGCUUUUCGGGCUUCUGGAGAGCCUGGGAGGUCGCCAAGGGAGACUGGCAUAUCAAAAAUCUUCAAUUGCAUCGGCAGUAUGGUCCGCUUGUCCGCAUCGCCCCGAAUAUCGUCAGUGUCUCUGAUCCAGAUGCGCUUCGAGUCAUCUACGGACUGAACAGUGGCUUUACCAAGGUCUGGAGAGCCAUGCUUCUAAUUUACAUGGGCAAGUCGAUGAUAACACGUGAGCAGACAGACUUCUAUCCCAUUCAGGAAAUGAAAUAUGGUAAAAUCUACUUGGCGAAUCUAUUCUCUACAAAAAGCGAUGAGUUUCACGCGAAGCAGAAAAGGUCUGUUGCGAGUGCGUAUUCAAUGACCUCUAUGCUCGCCUUUGAGCCAUACGUCGACAAUUGCUCCGAGCUCUUUUUCAAGAGGCUUGAUGAACUCUAUGUCAACCCUCGUCAGCCUUGCGACCUGGGUAAAUGGCUCCAGCUUUACGCCAUGGACGUGAUCGCGGAGGUCACUUUCGGCAAGCGGUUUGGGUGUAUGCAAGAAGGCGGGGAUGUGGGCGGCUUGAUUGACACCAUCGACAACUUCUUGGUCUACGCUUCCGUGGUAGGCCAAGUUCCAUAUCUGCACAAAUUUCUCUUCGGCAAUCCUCUGCUUCCGUACAUCAUGCCAAAGCUGGAUAGCAUCAACCACGUAGUGAAGUUUACACUGGAACGAAUCGCCGAGCGGGAAAAGGACCCAGAGAGGCACAAGGACUUCUUGGGGAGACUGUACGAGGCAAAAGCAGAGGGCAAAAUGGAAGCCGUUGACACCAUUCGCCACAGCAGUGCGAACGUGUUUGCUGGUAGUGACACUACAGCCAUAGCACUUCGGUCUGCGAUAGACGGACUGUUGACGCAUCCUGAAUGUUACCGCAAGCUUCAAGCAGAGAUCGACCAGAAGAGAGCCGAGGGGAAGCUCUCACUGCCAGUCAAGUACGCGGAGGCGCAACAGAUGCCGUAUCUCCAGGCUGUACUAAAAGAAGGCAUGCGAUAUCACCCUUCAGUAUCGUUCCUGCUGGAAAGGCAUGUCCCCAAAGGAGGCACCGUUAUUUGCAGCACCCGAAUUCCCGAGGACACGAUCGUCGGCAUCAAUGCGUGGGUGGUCCACCGAGACCGCAAGGUUUUUGGGGAAGAUGCCGACGUCUUCCGACCAGAGCGGUGGCUGGAGGCAGACGAAGCGCAGCUCAAAGCGAUGGAAAGAGCAUUCUUCGUGUUUGGUGGCGGUUCGCGGACUUGCACGGGCCGGAAUAUCAGCCUGAUGGAGAUGUCCAAGGUGAUUCCGUCCUUACUCAUGGUCUACGACAUUGAACGCGCGGAUCCUAAAGCCCAGGUGCGCACUAAAACUUACUGGUUCGCCGUGCAAAGAGGGUUGAUCUGCAAUAUUAAAAAGAGGGAGCCACCAAAAGCCUCAGACAGUGUGGCCUGA